AUGGUAAAACCAGCGACGAAGGAUGAGAGUGGUGCUGAAUCUAACCGUUAUUCGGUUGUUUUUUCGGUGGCUGCUGCAGUCUUUUCGAGUGAGUGUUGUUGUCAUUACGGCAAUGGUGUGGCUUAUUCUAAUUCAGUAAUAUAUGCUGUCAUAUGUAAUUUGGAAUUGAAUGUUUUGAAUGAGGUUGCAAAGAGGUUAGAGAAGUUCAAAGAAACAAUUCUCACCCAAGUUAGCACGCUUGUCAUCAAACAUGGAGCCAUUAACUUAGGUCAGGGUUUUCCCAACUUUGAUGGUCCAGAUUUUGUAAAAGAAGCAGCAAUUCAAGCAAUCAGGGAUGGGAAAAAUCAGUAUGCCAGGGGUUAUGGAAUUUCAGAUCUCAACAUUGCCAUUGCAGAGAGGUUCAAGAAAGAUUCUGGACUAGUUGUAGACCCUGAAAAGGAAGUUACUGUUACAUCUGGUUGCACAGAAGCAAUUGUUGCAACUGUAUUAGGACUAAUAAAUCCUGGUGAUAAGGUUAUUCUGUUUUCCCCUUUCUAUGAUUCUUAUAUUGCCACUCUAUCCAUGGCUGGUUCAAAUAUAAAAAGUAUAACGCUGCGCCCUCCAGAGUUUGCUGUCCCGAUUGAAGAGUUGAAGUCCACCAUCUCAACGAACACUCGUGCCGUUGUUAUAAAUACCCCUCACAAUCCUACAGGAAAAGUUUUCUCCAGAGAGGAGCUCUACACCAUUGCAUCUCUUUGCAUUGAGAAUGAUGUCUUGGUUUUCACUGAUGAAGUUUAUCAUAAGUUGGAAUUUGAUAUGGAACAUGUUUCGAUUGCUUCUUUGCCUGGAAUGUUUGAGCGCACAGUGACAAUGAACUCGUUGGGGAAGACAUUCUCGUUGACAGGAUGGAAGGUUGGAUGGGCCAUAGCACCGGAACACUUAACAUGGGGAGUGCGACAAGCGCACACGUUCAUUAACUUCUCAAUUGCAAAUCCUUUGCAGUGUGGUGCUGUAGCAGCUCUUCGAGCGCCAGAUUCUUACUAUGCGGAUCUAAAGAGGGAUUAUAUAGCAAAGAGAAGUAUUUUGGUGGAAGGUUUGAAGAGUGUUGGAUUCAAGGUUUUCCCAUCCAAUGGAACCUUCUUUGUGCUUGCAGAUCACACCCCUUUUGGAUUUGAAAAUGAUGUUGCGUUUUGUGAAUAUCUAAUUAAGGAGAUUGGGGUGGCGGCGAUACCUUGCAGUGUGUUUUAUUUGGAUCAAGAAGAGGGGAAGAAUUUAGUCAGAUUCACUUUCUGCAAGGACGAGGAAACUCUUAAGACCGCGGUUGAGAGGAUGAAAGAGAGGCUUAAAAAAUAAUCUUUAUGCAUGUUCGGGUCAUGUGAUGCAUAUAUAAAUAAAGACAUUUUCCUUUCAAGUAUCCCAAAAUUUUGAACAUGUUUUCUAUAGUUCUAGCAAAGUAUAUGCGCUUAUAAAUCAAUGUUGUAUUGUACCUACUCCGUUUGAUCAUCUUUAUAUCAAUGAGGACUUCUGGUAUGAAGGUGUUGAAUAGGGAGUGCAUUAC